AGGUGUAGAAAACAAUGACGUAAGGCAGGAGCCGACACCAUGGCAAACUGAGGGUCACUGUGAUCAGAAUGCAAUUUUUACUACAUAUAUGGUAUUUUAAAAGUAGCCAACAUAGUUAUUGUUUGUCGGUUUAUUUAACCAUAGACACAUUCUGCAAUAAUGACUGUAAACAGCCUAACUCACUCUGUUUUAAUGAAGUACUUUCCUAUAGUUGCUCCAGCUUUAAAAAUUACCUGUUGUUAGAUAUAAAAUAUCCUUUUAAUUAGAAUGAUACAUAAACUGCGCCUGUCCCACCCGUCGACAACUUUUACCGUUGCAACGGUUGUGUGGCACGUGACUGACUGGCCUCCCAUCCACGACGUCCUUUGCUUCCCGUAAUAGGACCCAGACUCAUUAUCCUGUACAGGUAACGUAGACUUGUCAAGGAAGACGGCAAGUUCUCACCAUCGCCAAAGACAUCUCGGUUCUCCCGACUUGGAGGUGAUCGUGGACCCCAGAGACCAAGGCAGAGGUGCCCUGUCAGAUCUGGGGUUUCUGAAAGAUGAUCAGCUGAUAAUUGCAUCGUCAGGUCUUAGAAGGAAUCCCCCCGGGCAAAAGAUGAGUUACAAGGCGGUGCAAUCAUACGCCAAGAGAGAUACGGCUGUGCUCCCGCCUGCGCACGGCGACCCGGGAAGAGCUGAGCGCCUGAAACUGGACGAGCUGGAAAAAGACGCCGAGGACUUGGAAAUUAAGGAACAGGGCUUCAACGAGGCAGUUAGUGAAAGAAUUUCGCUCCGCCGAAGACUCCCGGAGGUGCGCCAUCCCGCAUGCCUUUCUUGGCAGCACAGCGCCUCCCUCCCCUCAGCCACGGUCAUCAUCUGCUUCCAUAACGAAGCCUGGUCCACGCUACUGAGGACCGUGCACAGCGUCCUGGACACGGCGCCCAGGCAGCACCUGCGGGAAAUCAUCCUGGUGGACGAUCUUAGCCAGCUCGGGCACCUGAAGAGUGCUCUGGGAGAGUACGUGUCCAAGCUGGAGGGGGUGCGCCUGAUCCGGAGCUCGCGGCGGUUGGGCGUGGUUGGCUGCCGCAUGCUGGGCGCCGCUCGCGCCUUGGGCGAGGUCCUCAUGUUCCUGGACUCCCACUGCGAGUGCCAACGGGGCUGGCUGGAGCCGCUGUUGGAGCGUAUCGCUGGGGACAGGAGUCGCAUAGUAUCGCCGCUAAUGGACCAUAUCGACUGGAACACCUUCCAGUACAAUGCGACAGCAGGGCCCAUGAGGGGAGUCUUCGACUGGAACCUGGACUUCCACUGGGAAACACUGCCUGGUCAGGAAGAGCAGGAUCACUCCAUCCAGCCCAUACGGAGUCCUGCUGUCGCUGGAGUUUUUGCCAUCGACAAAAACUUUUUCCAGAGGAUUGGGGCCUACGAUCCGGGCAUGGUGCUCUGGGGGGUUGAGAACAUCGAGCUCUCUAUCAGGGUGUGGCUGUGUGGAGGGUCCAUUGAGGUGGCCCCCUGUUCUCGUGUGGGACACCUGCAUCACACGCAUCUGCCCUACACCUUCCCUGACGAUGAUAUCGUGGAGAGGAACAAGAUCCGUGUAGCGGAAACCUGGCUGGACGAAUACAGGAAGAUCUUCUAUGAGAGGAAUAUGAUGGCCUACUUUAUCUGGCGGUCUGAGAGCUUGAACUGCACUGAGAGGGUGAAGCUGAGAGACACUUUAGGCUGCAAGAACUUCCAGUGGUACCUGUCCAACGUCCAUCCCGAGCGCUACGUCCCACAGGACCGGACCGGGCUCUCAGGAGAGCUAUACAAUGUUGGCACUGGCUAUUGUGCAGAUUACAAGAAAGGGUGGAGUUCAUGGGUCAGGGCUGUGAAUGUGUCACCCUGCAGCGGUAAUGGAAACCAGCACUGUGAGCUGAACUCUCUGAGAGAGAUUCGCUGGGGGACAACGGGGCAGCUGUGUUUUGACGUCCUGGGGGAGCAGGUUGUGCUCUCCAGAUGCCCCCCCGGAGGCGACACAGAUGCCAGGCUGCAGUGGAGCUUCACGAAGAGCAGGCAGAUGGUCCACUUGCUGACGGAGAAGUGCAUGGAGGCCGUAAAGGCGGGAGAAAACCCCACGUGGAAGCUGGCCGAACAAGCCCAAGUGGCAGGGAUCUGGGGGGCGCUGCUCCUCCGGCCCUGUCGCCCCCACCCCAGGCAGCAGUGGCACUUCGAGCAGCUGGCUGACCUGAGAGGAUCCUGAAUGGGAAACGAGGCCGGCAAGUCGGUGUGAUGACCGAGCUGAUGCAGUGUUGCAUAAUGAGCCUCAUAUGCAGCUUGUGGUAGAAUGACAGUUUGGAGUAAUUCAUUAGAGCUGGUCAGAAAAUGAAAAUGUCCCUUUUUCCCAGUUCUGUGUGGCUCUCAGUUUGAUGUAACCCCCCCCCAUUUUGCCUGUCCAGAUGGCUUGAAGGCAGGCUGAUCGUUCCUCCGACGCAGCUCAUGCCAAGCAUCUAAUCACACCGGCUUUUUUUAUACUCAGUGGGGACAUUGUGCCUUGCAUGAGCGAGGAGCUCCCAUUGGACGACCGGUGCAUCAUGUGCUGCAGGCAUCCGAUGUAAACAUUUGGUGCUGGUGCAGAACAAUGCCAGAUGUGCUGUUUUCUACAGAUGUCCCUUACAUUUCUGGGCAUAGUGUCUGUACAAGUGUUUCAUUAUUGGACAAGACAGCAUUUCCAACAUUAAAUAUGGAUGCAGUGGUUCCUGGAAAGUGCAGUUGGUAUGUGUUAGAAGUCGAUUAUUGCACAUUUAAGACUGAAAACCACUCUUACGGUUUGCAAAAGAAUAUGUAUUAUUUUUUUAAAACAACCUAGGUUGCCUUGUAUUUGGUUUCACUAUUGUUUUAAGAAAAUGGAGAAGUGAUACUUGCCAUUUUACCCACUGUGCUAUGACUUAAGUGAAUUGAGGCGUAUCACUCAAUAAUUAUUUACUUAUGUACAUAUCAUUAAAAGUAAGAAGAAACACAAAAGGGCUAACUACUUUUACUUGGUGUAUUAAAUGUCCAUAGAAUCAAUUAGUUCUUUUAUUAUCAUUGUAAAAUAUCUAGAAAUAUAAAAUGUUUUAAUAAAAGCAGUUUGAAAAGA